UUUACUCUUCUAUAAUACAUUUUGUUCUUGUCUAUUCAUGAGAUGAACAUAUUUUCUUUUCAUAAAUUUGUUAUGGUAGAGCAAAUGGGAUAGAGUUUGAGGAGGUUAAGAUUGAUCUUGGCAAAGGCAAAGGCCAACACCUCUCUGCCGAAUAUGCAGCACUCAAUCCCAUGAAACAAGUUCCAGCUAUUGUACAUGGUGAUUUCAAGCUUUUUGAGAGGUACCCGGCAGAUAUACGCGAGAGAGCAAAGGUCCACGCAGUGCUAGAUUGGCAUCACACAAACCUGCGCCGUGGCUCUACAGCAGCGAAAGGCGAAAAACUUAUCUCAGCAUCUCUUGCAAGAAUAGAGUCAUUUUGGCUCCAAGAAGAUGGACCGUUUUUGCUUGGAAAUGCAAAGCCCACAAUUGCUGAUUUAGCUUUAGUAUGCAACUUGAGGCUGGAGAGAAGGAUGAUCGAGAUCGUAUUCUGAGUCCCCACAAGAGAGUAGUGAAGUGGAUGGAGGAUGUGAAGAUUGCAAGUGCACCUCAUUUUGAGGAAGUUGAUGCUAUAAUGGGUCCGGUGAGAGACAAACUAAAGCAAUGGAAGAUCCAAGCUAUUGAAAGCUCAAAAUGUAGUUUACUUCUUCAGGUGUAUCAUAAAAUAAUAAAUGAGGGAUGACAAUUAGUCUGCUUCUUCAAUUACUUGAACACUCAAACAAUUUGUAAUUUGAGAGACCAAAUACGCGUCUUUUUUAAAGAUGUGACACGUUCAUGGACGGAGGGAGGGAGUAAUAUUUAAUGAAUCCUCUUUGCGUAUUA